AUGCUGAUGAGCCCAGUCACCUCCACCCCCUUCUCUGUCGACUACCUCCUCAGGAUGGAGCGUGAGCAGAAAGACACCAACACUCCGUCACAAUGGGUAUUGCAUAGGAACCCCGAAAAGCCCCAGUACCUAACAAUGGACCCGGAAUCCGUAGGGACAAAGAGCGGCGACAGGGCACAAACUAGAUCAGACCCUCUUCGGUGCCCCUGGGAGACAGUCCUGGAGAUUGAUGCAGGUGAGUAAGCAUAGUUCUUUCCUACAGGCGAACCUGUGACUCCUCCACACGCGGCCUCAACGCUUGGAGCUGGGAACCCGAGGAUGGAGCGCGGUGUGGGCAACGGCAGCGACAGCGUACAGCCAGGACUGGUCAGGACGCGGCCGCGGCGGAAGCCCCGCGUGCUGUUCUCGCAGGCCCAAGUGCUGGCCCUGGAGCGGCGCUUCAGGCAGCAGCGGUACCUGUCUGCGUCCGAGCGCGAGCACCUGGCCAGCGCGCUGCAGCUCACGUCCACGCAAGUCAAGAUCUGGUUCCAAAACCGGCGCUACAAGUGCAAGAGGCAGCGCCAGGACCAGACCCUGGAACUGGCUGGCCACCCGCUAACACCGCGCCGGGUGGCAGUGCCGGUACUAGUGCUGGACGGCAAGCCCUACUUGGGUCCCGACGCCCCCGCGUUCCCGGGUCCCUACGCGCCCCAUUCUUGCUUCGGGGGAUACUCGGGCACUCCCUAUAGUAGUGCUAGCUACGCAGGCCACUGUCCCGGCACUGGCCCCGGGCAACUCACACCACUGGCCAGCUCUGGCUUCAGCCCAGGUGGCUGGAGUGCUGCCCCGCAGGGCCAUCUGCCCGCCACACUACAGGGAGUCACUGCCUGGUGA